GUGUGUGUGUGUGUGUGUGUGUUCUGGGGGAACUGGAGCUUCUAAUUUCUUUGUGGAAAUUUCUGCUUUUAUAAUCUGGCACCUGUUUUAAAGUAUCUAAUAGGCAUGUGAAUUCAAUGCGGCAGGCAGAAUCAUGGUUGCUCAAAGAUGACCAGAACCUGUUAAUACGUUAUCUCACACAGUGGACUUUACAAGUAUGAGUAUGUUAAAGAUCAGGAUUAUCUGGGUGAGUCCAAUGUAAUUACAUGAGCCCUUGAAAGCAGAGAAACACAACCCAAAUUGUAAAAAAAUUCAGUUCUAGAGGUGAGAAAUCUGACACUCCUGUCAAAUGCUCUAAAAUCAAGGUGUUGAUAGUGCUGCGUUCCUUUCAGAAGUUCUGGGGGAGGUGCUGCUCCCUUGUCUAUUCUGGGCUGUAGAGGCUGCCAGCAUCCUUUGGUUUGUGGCUUUUUCCGUCUUCAAAGCCAGCAAUGAAGAAUUGGGUCUUUCUUACAUCGCAUCACUCCGACUCACUCUCAAUCACCACUUUUAUGGACCCUUGUGAUUCUGUAGAAGCGUUUCUGCCUUGUCUUCUCCUGACAGCGUGUGCGAGAGCCUUGGGAUGAGGAUGAUGAUGAAAACAAAAUAGCUCUCAUGUAUUUAGAACCCCAUGCCUGCCCAUGUGCUCAACGCUUGUCAUGUCACUUCUCAUGAGGAAAGCUGUAUUUUCCAAAUUUUCUCCCCGGACUUUGAAGUCGACCUGAUUCUGGGUGAGCAUCAGAAUCUCCAGGAGGGCUUGUCAACACACAGUGUUGGGGCUCACCCAAGUUUCUGAUUUCGUAAGGGUGGCCGCAAGAACUUACAUUUCUAGCAAGUUCCCCAGUGAUGCUGAUCCUGACUCAGAGACCACAGUUUGGGGACCAAUGAAUUAGAAACAUUUAAUGUGAAAGAACAAAGUCCCCAUGAGGAGACAUUAUCUUCACUUCACAUACUCGAAGAAGAGAAAUGGGUUCCCAGGGGCCCCCUCAAGGCUGGUAGCCCCUCGCCUAGAACACGGGUCACUUGCUGGACAUCUCUGAGGGAGGAAAUCCGCGAGCAGCCUCUUUAAGAAGCUAAGACACAACCCUGCCAUUCUUCCCCUCUAGACUCCACUUACUAGAGGCCCUCGCGGUGCACCUGGGCGUUGCCAUGGAGACCGAGUGGGCGCCGGGUGCUGGGCGGGUUGCAAGCCGAACUACAUUGACCAGAAGGCGCCGGGCUCUGGGCCAAUCACAGCCCGGAGAAAGAGCUGCUUCCUGCGGCUCGUGUCGGUGAGGGAGGGACUUCCGGCACGACCUUUGCGGACGUUCAUUUUGCUCUUGACAGGUCGUUCUGCUCCGCCCUUGGGGGCCUGACCGGUGGGUCCGGAAGGCUUUACAGGCGCCCCCUCGGGACCAGCCGGGGAGGACAGUGAGCAGGAUGGGGCUGACCUCUGCGCUUUCUACGGGACGGGAGCCCCUGUAACGGGGCGUCCUCCGCACCUGUCCUGGGCCCCCGCGGCCCCCGGAGGUGGCGCCCUGGGCUUCGUGCGUGUUCACACCGUGGAACCGAGGCCUCGAGCGUGACAGGCAGCGGGCGGGCACCCAGUGCAGGCGUGGGAUCGCCUCAGCCCGCAGGGCCGGCCGGGCUCCGAUGGCGGUGGCGGCGGCACUGAUGGACCCGGCGCGGGGCUGGGGGACAUUUGAGGAUGUGGCCGUGUACUUCUCCCGGGAGGAGUGGGAGUUCUUGGAUGAGGCACAGAGACACCUGUACCACAGUGUGAUGCUGGAGAACUUGGCACUUGUGGCCUCGCUAGGACCUGCAUCUCCUAAGUCCUGUGUGGUUGCCCACCUGGAACAAGGCAAAGAUCCCUGGGUGCCUGAUAGGGAAGAUGUGUCUCCAGCCACUGCAAGAGAGACCUGGAGGGGGCCUGGUUCUGGUUGUUGGUAUGGAACAGAGGAAAUCCCUCCUGAACAGGGUGCUUCUGUAGGAGUGCUCCAGUUCGGGACCUCUAAGGCAAGUCCUUGCACCCAGAAAGAUAACCCCUGUGACAUAUGUGGCCCAUUCUUGAAAGACAUAUUACACCUGGCUGAGCACCAACGGAUACAUCCCAAGCAGAAACCAUACAAAUCUGAGGCAUGUGGGAAAGGCUUAAGGCACAGUGCAAACUCUUGCCAGCACCAGAAGGAGCACAGUGGAGAGAAACUCUUCACAUUCAGGGAGUGUGGCAAGGAUGUCUUGGACAGUCACGACCUCCUCAAGCACCAUGCUACCUACAGUGAGGGGAAGCCCCACAAGAGCACCGAGUGCAAGAAGGCCUUCCCGUCCAGCUCCAGUCACCAUCAGCCAUGGGGAGUCCACACUGCACAGAAACCCCUCAGGUGUGGUGGCUGUGGGAAAGCUUUCCCAAGGGCCUUUGCGCUGCUCGACCACCUGGUGACUCACUGUCAAGAGAGGCCCUUCCGGUGCCCAGCAGGUGGAAACAUCUCCAAGGAGAACUCAACCCUUCUCAGUCACCCAAAAAUUCACACUGGAGAAACAUCCCACGUGUGUAAGGAAUGUGGGAAGGCCUUUGGCCACCUGUUUAAACUAACGACGCACCAGAAAGUUCACACUGGAAAAAUGCAUCACAACUGCAGUGAAUGUGGGAAAGCCUUCACCCGCAAACACUCACUCGUUCAGCACCAGAGAGUCCACACUGGAGAAAGGCCAUAUGAGUGUGGGCAGUGUGGAAAAGCCUUCACUCGCAGCUUCCAUGUUGUCCGCCACCAGAAAGUGCACAACACAGAAAGGCCUUAUGAGUGCCGACAGUGCCGGCGAGUCUUUAGCUGUAUCUCCAACUUUGUUGAGCACCAGAAAAUACACACUGGAGAAAGGCCUUAUGAAUGCGAUGAAUGUGGAAAAGCCUUCAUUAACAGCUCCCAUCUGAUUCGGCACCAGAAAGUUCACAACACAGAAAGGCCUUUUGAGUGCAGCAAAUGCGGAAAAGCCUUCCGGCAAACCUCCAAACUUAUUCUCCAUCAAAGGAGUCACACGGGAGAAAGACCUUAUAAGUGCAACCAGUGUGGAAGAGCCUUCAGCUGCCCCUCCAACCUCAUUCCGCACCAGCGAAUUCACACUGGAGAGAAGCCUUAUGAGUGUUCUGAAUGUGGGAAAGCCUUCAGCCAAAGCUCUGCCCUCAUUCAGCACCAGAAGGUUCACACCAGAGAAAGGCCUUAUGAGUGCAGUGAAUGCGGGAAAGCCUUCAGCUAUAGUUCUAACCUUGUGAAGCACCGGAAAGUUCACACUGGAAAAAGGCCUUAUGCAUGCAGCCAGUGCGGGAAAGCCUUCAGCGAAAGCUCCAUCCUCAGCCAGCAUCAGAGAGUUCACACUGGAGAAAAACCCUAUGAGUGUAGCAGAUGUGGGAAAGCUUUCCGCUACAGCUCGAACCUCUCUAAGCACCAGAAGGGUCACUCUGGAAAAAAGCCUUUUGAGUGCAGUGGGCACAGAGAUGCCUUCAACCAGAGCUCCAGUAGCACUGAGCACCACCGAGGUCACACCAAAGAAAGGCCUUAGGAGUGUGGCAAAUGUGCAGAAACAUGAGCUGGGGCUUCCUCCUUGUUCGCCAUAAGAGGACUCCUGAGAAAAUGUCUGUAAAAGAAAACUUUGUGAAGAAGCCAUCCAGAAAUGGAAAUUUGCACAUUCUAACACCCCUACCAGGACAUUGCCUGAGUAUCAGAUAUGUGGGAAGCUUUCAGGGGCUACAUUGCACUUUCUAACCUGUCCAGGUGUUUUGCCAUAUUAUGUCACUGCCAGACGCCAUCUGACCUCUACCAGCUGGCAGGUCCCCACAGCAUGUGCCUGUCACUUUAACAUACUCAGGGAAAGCAGGCCUUGUGCUCUCUCAUUCCCUGGAGGGAGCCAUGAGUGAUGGGCACCUUUUGGGGCGACCUAACGUUCCACCUUUUCACUGUCCCCAGUGGUUCAAGUUUUGUCCUGACCUAGUUCUAGGAGGACCUGGAGUCUGAUGAAUUCCAGAGGUUCCCCUUCUUCACAUGCAUUGUUGACUCUACAGAUGGUGCCUAUGAUGGGUUUAUCUAUCCUUCAAACCACCCAGUCCCAGAACUGCCUGCCUCCAGAGUGUGUGAUAAUAAAGGCCUUAUAGUUGAAGCCAUC